AUGAGCCGCAGCAGCCAGCGAGAACUGAUGUCUUCUGGAAGUCAAAACAUUCAUCAAGAGCCCGAUAUGCCUCAAGAUGUGCCCGAGGCUCAACCUCCUCCUGCCGAAAAGCCUAAGACUGGUCGUGGAUGGCGCUUCUGGGCUGUCUUUAUUUCGCUCUCCAUUUCGGCCUUCUUGAGCGCUCUCGAGGGUGCCGUUGUCUCGACGGCUUUGCCUUCCAUCUCCCGCGCUGUGAAUGCAGGGGAAGACUACAUCUGGAUGGUGAAUGUCUUUUUCCUCACCAGUGCGGCUGUGCAGCCCCUUUACAGCCAAUUGGCCGAUAUCUGGGGCCGACGAUGGCCCAUGAUCACAGCCUUGGGAAUCUUCGCCUUGGGCAGUGGCAUCUGCGGAGGAGCAACCUCAGCAAGCAUGCUAAUCGGCGGCCGAACUAUCCAGGGGCUCGGGGCAGCAGGAAUCAACGUCCUUGUUGAGAUCAUCAUCUGCGACCUCCUCCCGCUACGAGAGCGUGGACAAUUCAUGGGGCUGAUGUUCUUCUUCAUCGUCCUGGGAUCCGUGGCUGGUCCUUUCCUAGGUGGCAUCUUGGUUGAUCGAGCAUCGUGGAGAUGGGUCUUUUACAUUAAUCUCCCAUUCUGCGGGCUCUGUUUGGUGCUGUUGUUCCUGUUCCUCAAUGUGCAACGGCCAAAAAAUGGCGAGUCUACCAAGGAGAGUCUCAAGAAGAUUGAUUUUAUCGGACUUUUCAUCCUCUGCGGGUCGAUCUCCUCGUUACUCUACGCCUUGACGUAUGGAGGAACGCGGUACGAGUGGUCAGCUCCCGCCAUCAUAGUCAGCUUCAUCAUCGGGAUAAUCGGCAUUGUCGCCUUCUUUGUCUACCAAGUCUCGCCUCUUUGCAAGCAUCCCGCCAUGCCCAAAGCCCUGUUCGGAAACAGAACCUCGGUCGCAGCCUUCCUAGCAACCUUUAUGCAGCUCAUGCUCUCGUACGCACCUCUGUACUUCCUUCCCGUCUACUUUCAAGCGGCGAAGCGUUCAACCCCUUCCCGCUCUGGAGUACAGAUCAUCCCGUUCUCAGUCACCUUUUGCGUUAGCGGCUUGAUUGGUGGAAUCGUGGUCAGCAAGCUCGGUCGCUUCAAGGCCGUCCAUAUCGCCAGCUUUGCCCUCCAGAUAAUCUCUGUCGGGACAUUUACCCUCCUCGAUCGCAACUCAAGCAUGGCGGUUUGGGUCAUUCUUCAGCUCAUCUUCGGAUGGUCAAUCGGCAUGCCAAACCCUUCCCUCUUGACAGCCAUCCAGGCCGACAUUCCCGACAGCCUCAACGCGGCGAGCACGGGUGCCUUUGCCUUUGUGAGAAGUGUCGCCACCAUCUUUGCCGUGAGCGUGCCCGCUGCUGUCUUUGGAAACCGCUUCGAUCAGCUCCUGGCAACCACGGAGGCGGUGAACGACCCUGAGCUACAGGCAGGACUGGAGCGAGGUCAAGCAUACGAGAAGGCAUCACGAGCCUUUAUCAAUUCUUUCCCAGAGGAGAUUCAAGAUGCCAUUAUUACUCUAUACGAGGAAAGUUUGAAGAGGGUCUGGUACGUCUCAUUGGCCUUUGCUGGUGCUGGCUUUCUAUUCGUUCUGCUGGAGAAGAACUUGGUCACGCGAGAGGAUAAGGAUACCUCCGAGUUCGAACUGCUUGAUAACCCAACUACUGCUGACGGAAACGGAGCCAAGGACGCGCGCACCGAGACCGUUUAA